AUGUCUUUUAAUAUUUCUGCUCAGCCUUCACCCCUAUUCUCGGUACCGCCCAUCCUCGAAUCUAUCGCCGCUACAGGUGCCGCACUCAUCGCUUCACCCAAUGAGGCGAGCCGCACUGCUUUAAUAGCCCAAGCAAGAGCCCUCAUCACUACCCUCGAAACCCCCAUCGAGGCCAUUACUCGCAUGGCCUGGGCAGAGCCCACUCGCUAUGCCGCAGUACACAUAGCCAUUGACCUCAAGCUUUUCACGCACCUAGAUGCGACUAUACCCAAAACAACGGUUGAGCUUGCUGCCCUGACCGGCUCAUCGCCAAAUUUACUGGACCGUCUUCUGCGGCAUUUGGCUGCAAUGUCUGUUAUCAAUGAAGUGGGAAUCUCGAGCUUCACACAGACCCGGCUUUCACACGCUCUUACCGUCCCAUACUAUCGUGACGCCAUCCCAUUCUGCUACGACUGCGCUGGACCAUCCAUCUUGUCCCUACCGCAGUACUUCGCUGAAACGGGAUAUAAAAGCCCAACUGAGAAUCUUAAUGGUCCAUUUCAAUUUGCACACAAGACCGCAUUAUCAUCAUGGGAAUGGGGUAGAGAGAGAAAAGAAAUUGGAAAGGCUUUCAACAAUCACAUGGCCGGAUAUCGUAUUGGAAGAUCGAGCUGGAUGGAUGCAAGCGUGUAUCCUGUGAAAGAAAGACUGCUUAAAGGCCUGAAAACUGAUGAGAAAGCGGUCUUGUUAGUAGAUGUGGGAGGGGGAAUUGGAAGAGAUGUAAGUGAGUUCAGGAGCAAAUUUCCUGGUGUGAAAGGACGACUUAUUCUACAAGACCAAUUCGACCUGAUCAAGACGAUCAAAAAUAAGUUAGAUGGAAUAGAGCCUAUGGGUCACGACUUCUUUCAACCGCAAACGAUUAAAGGCGCACGUGGGUAUUAUUUACAUUCAGUCUUGCACGACUGGCCUGAUGAUAGCUGCCGGAUGAUUCUUAGAAACAUAAUAGAAGCAAUGGAGCCUGGAUAUUCCAAAAUCUUAAUCAAUGAAAAUGUCAUUCCCGAUGUUGGUGCAUCUUGGAAGGCUACUGCUUUAGAUUUGUACAUGAUGUCGCUGGCAUCCUCGGCCGAGAGAACAGAAAAGCAAUGGAGGGAUUUACUUGCUUCAGCGGGACUUAGAGUCACGGGAAUCUGGAAUGAUGAUCCUGGAACAGAAAGUUUGAUUGAAGCUGUGCUUGAGAGGGAAAAACUAUGA